CUCUCUUCUAUAUCGCCCUUCAUAUAUCCUACAAAUCUACAGCUUAGCUCCCCAUCAGCAAGAAAUCAAAAUUAGAGCAAGUUAAGAAUCUCAUUCUUGGUCAUAGUCUUACUAUUCACUUCAUCGACACCGAAUUAAUCAGUUUCAUUACUGUUGCAACCAUGGCUUUCAGAUCAAUGAGUUAUUUGAGAUCGAUGAUGGGUGGUAUAAGAGGAAGCAAUAGUGCAACAUACGCCACCUCAACAACUCCAAAAUUGAAAGCAUACGCUCCCACAGCCGAUUACGGCCAUUUUCAGGAGCAUCAGCAGCGCAGUAAAACAAAAGCAAUAAGGGGUGAUUUCGUGCCGGUGUACGUGGCAAUUGGGAUGAUAGUGUUAUCAACGACUCUGGGACUGCACACGGUGAUGCAGCAGCUCAGGUACUCACCAGGAGUUCGCGUUAAGAAGAAGGAACGAGAAACUUUGCCAGAAGUUUACUUCCCGGAUAAAGUGGUGGACGAGGCUGAUAAGUUCAAGAAGAAAUCAUUUUUCAGAAAGGUGGCCCAUGUUCAGGAGUUUGAAUAUGGUGAUCAUUCUAUUUCUGAUCCCAUAAGAAAAGAUGCUUUUGCUCAUAAACCACGGGCUGAGACUCUCAAGUCUGUUGGUGUUGAUCCUACGCUUCACUGAAGUGAUUAUCAUCGUUAUAAGUGAUUUAAGUACCGCACUUUUCUUGGCUUCUUUUUUUUUUUUUUUUUUUUUUGGGGGUUGGGGGGGCAUACCUUGGUUGUUUGGAGAUUACUGUUCCUGGUGGGAAAUUUCUGGAUGCUUUCUAGUGGAUAAGGUUGUAAAUUAAAAUGCAGUUGGUUAAUCUAAUAAUGUAGUUGUAUAUAGAUGAUGUUUUUACUUAAAUGAAGGGUUUGGCGACUGUGUUUUCA